ACGUACUCCUCUGCCUUAACCACGCAGCAAGCGAAGAGCCUUCUUCUUCUUCCUCUAGCUUCUUCACACGAAAGCAUUAGUCAUGGCUUCCCAUCGCUCUAUCCCCUACUCCAUUCCCAGUACAACCACAAAAUUCUGCCUUUUAUUUUCACUGCUUGUGGGAAUGGCCUCUGCCCAGUUAUCCUCUACUUUCUAUGAUACAUCCUGCCCCAAAGCCCUUUCCACCAUUAAAACCGUUGUUGAUGCUGCAGUGGAAAUAGAGGCACGCAUGGGGGCAUCGUUGCUCCGUCUUCACUUUCAUGAUUGCUUUGUUAAUGGAUGUGAUGGAUCUGUACUGUUGGAUGGCCCCAAUUCAGAGAAAACAGCUGCUCCCAAUAAUGGUUCGCUAAGGGGAUUUGAUGUAAUAGAUACCAUCAAAUCUCAAGUAGAGAGCGUAUGUGCUGGUGUUGUAUCUUGUGCUGACAUCUUAGCCGUUGUUGCAAGAGACUCUGUUGUUGCCCUAGGUGGGCCUUAUUGGACAGUUCUAUUGGGCAGAAGAGACUCUACCACCUCAAGUGCAAGUGAUGCUAAUUCCAACAUCCCUGCUCCAACUUUGGAUCUUAGUGGCCUUAUCACUUCCUUCUCAAACAAAGGUCUCACUGCCAAUGAAUUGGUGGCUCUUUCCGGAGCUCACACAAUAGGCCAAGCUAGAUGCAUUAGCUUCCGGGCCAGGGCAUACAAUGAAACCAACAUAGACUCCUCAUUCAAAACAUCACUACAAUCGAAAUGUCCAAGCACCGGAGGGGACAACAAUCUUUCCCCUCUUGACGUCACUUCUCCGACAACCUUUGACAAUGCUUACUUCACGAACUUGAAAAACAAAAAGGGUCUGUUGCACUCGGAUCAACAGCUCUAUAAUGGAGGUUCCACAGACUCUCAAGUUGAUACUUACAGCUCCGACUCGGCAACUUUCAAAACAGACUUCGCGAACGCCAUAGUGAAGAUGGGGAACAUUAGCCCACUUACGGGCACGAGCGGCCAGAUCAGAACAAACUGCAGGAAAACCAACUAAAAAUCGAAGGACCGGAGUGUUCUUCUGGUGGCUUUGGGUGUCCAAUAAUAAUGGUGUUUGUUUGAAUGUUGUCGAUGUGAUUUCGUUUUGUAGUCAGUUAGACAACAAUCUCGGAGAAAUCUUGUUAUUAUAUUUAAAGAUGUGUUGACUAUCAUAUAUUUACAUCCCCCAGUUGAAUGAUAAAUUAUAAUAUUAUAUUCAGAACU